CCAUCCUCGCAUUUGGCGUGUGACAGGUGGCUGCACUGGCACGCCAGGGAAAAUGGCUGCUGUAUUGGAUUGAGCGAAGGUUGUGUACAAACUUUGCCGUGAAAAACAGUGUUUGUAAAAUAAAUAAUAUACAUUUUUUAAGUGAAAAAUUGUUUUUAAGUCGUGACAAAGUGACUGUAGAAUAUGUGUUUAUAAGUUGUUGUUUGUACGAGGUAUAUGAAAUUUUAUUUUUGUUUAUUAACAGUGUUUUUAAGACAUUUGCCAAAUAAAACUGCGGUUAGGGGUGAAAAAAAAUUGCAUUUUUCAUACACAUUUAAGGUUAUGAUAUAAACAAUUGAUAGUGUUUGCAACAACCUGUUAAAGGGCAUGGUGGACUUAUAUGUUUACUUUAUGUUUGUUUUUAGUUCUUUAAAAUGAUGCUAUAAAUCUGGAUAAUGCAGUCAGAAAUGAAGAAAAACAGUGAUUUUUUAUACAAAAUGCAUAUGGAUACUACGCAAAAUUAAUUAAAAAAUCGGUUUAUAAAAGAAACCAUUCAGUGCAAUAAGACAAACUUGUGUGGACAAUGUUAAGACUGUAGAUUAAACUUUCAGAAAAUGUUCUACAGGGUGUUGUGAAAAAGUUUUAAAAAAAGCGAUGUAAUGAGAGGGUGGUAGAGCUUAACGCUGGAUCGCGCCAGCAGUGGUCCAGGGGGUUGCAUAGACGGCGGUGGGACGGUCCCCUCCGCCGUCGUUCCUCAGCCCCCAGGACUGUCACCACUCCACCCUGAAGUUACCCCAAAACAGGCUGUGGUAGAAAGGUUAAGAAGAAGAAUAGAGUCGUAUCGUCGGCGACAAAACGACUGCAUGCCUCGUUUCGAUCAGUCCUUCACGGGACUGUGUGAACAAAAUCUGCAGGACACGCUGCAACUGAAACAGCGCUACUUGGACACGAAGCCUAAGAGAGCGCCCAAGACAAAGGACAAAAAGCAACAGGAUUCCAUACAGAGCAGUGUCCACGUGCAGCAAAAGUUCCUGAAACGGUCGGCUGACGAUCACGAUCCUGGCGGUCCGAACGAUAGCUUCGAGCCACCGGUGAAACUUCAGUGCACCGCACAACAACAUGGAUCUCAUCAAAACGAAGGUUUAACAAAAUUCUCAGUGGAAAUUGUCCAGCAGCUGGAAUUCACGACAUCGGCAGCAAACUCGCAACCGCAGCAAAUCUCGACGAAUGUAACAGUAAAAGCGCACACAAAUGCCUCGGUCAAAAGCGACGUGUCGUCGCCGAAAUCAAAUCCCUCCACGCCGGCCUCCAACCUGCAGCAAAAGCAAAAUAUCGGUUUGGACGUCGGCACGAUAGUCGAGUGCAAACAGGAACCAGACAAUGAUUUCGCCGAUUUAGACCAAUGUGCAGCUGCAUUGGAAAAGGACGCAGCGGCGAAUGGUGGAGCUGGUUUCGGUGGUUUCCCCGAUCUGAUCGGGGACGAUACUAAUGACGAAUUAAUGUCAACUGCCGCGUUUAAAGAUUUGAUCUCAGAUAUUAGUAACUAUCCCGAUUUGAUGAAGUUCGAUUUCGAGGAGAAAGCUGAAAAUAUCCUAACCAACGGUCUCAAAACCGAGGAUAUCAAAGAUCUUCCAUCAAUUUCGGAUAACAAUGCCAAAAAUACACACAGUCCCUUAAUACAGAACCAAAACAACUAUUCCCCUCCCGUCUUUGAAUCAAAGCAAAGAAUGCCACCCUUCUCCAACAUGGAUUUUACCAAGACUGAAUUAAGUCCGGCCGCUCAAACAUUGAAACAAAUGGCCGAACAGCACCAGCACAAAAAUCAAAUGGGACUAUCGUUUAACCCCAAUAACCGGAACGCGCCUAACCCCAGGUCACCCUAUACAGACUUCCAGUUCCAGGGCGAUUACGGCAGUCCGAACUCAAACAACAACUUCCACAAAAAUAGUCCCAACUUCCCGAAUCCAGACAUGAUCAAACAGGAAAUGAUCUUCCAAAGCAACGAGUUCGACAUAAAGCGAAAAGGGGCGGGUAUGUACAAACAGCCCUACUCUCCAUACGGUUCUCCUAGUGCAAGUAGUCAUGGUAGUCCUGGGUAUCUUCCGAGAAACGGUGGUCCUGGAAAUGCCGCUCCCCAAGGGGGUCCUUUUGGAGGAGGCACACCUCCAAGACCUCCAUCAGGACCUGGGGGAAAUACCGGUGGGUCUACGUUGCAAAUUAACCAGGCACAACAGCUGAACAUUAACCAACAGAAUCAUGGACAUUCCAUUCAGGUCUCAGCUGGCCAACAUUUGCACCUAAGUGGCGAUCUCAAAGGCAAUGUUUCAAUAGCUGCGCAACAAGGUAUGCACUUUAACCAGCACUCGACAAAUAACAACGCAUCAGCAGGGCAAAGCCAAAAUGUACCGCCACAACAUAGCCCCUUGUCUCAAAAUCAAUCGCAUCAAAAUCAAAAUAUGCACGCGAACAGCCCGCACGGUGCCAGUAUGAACCAGUCGCAAAGCGGACCACAAAUGGGUGCUUCGAUGAUGUCUGGUCCACAGCAAAUGAAUAAUCAGGGAUCCAUGGGCGGUAUGCCAAACCAACAGGGUAUGCAGGGUUCGGUAUCGGCUCCUGGUGGUAUGCAAAAUGCCAUGGGCGGCGGUAUGAUGGGUGGUCCUGGAAUGCAACACCCAGGCGCCAUACCCGGAAAUCUUGGUGGCCAUAACGCCGACUCCUACUCCAUGAGCCAAACGCAAACAAUUAACUUUACGCAGCAAACGUUGCGGCGAGCCAACGGACCACCCGGAGUACCAAACACGAUGGCUCCGAACUGCCCAAUGCCUGCGAAUACUGCCAUGGGCCCGAACCCAAUGAGUCAGCAACCGGGCGUUGGUCAACGACUGGUGAGCGCGCAAACCAUGGAGCAACAAAAGCUCCUUCACCAGCAACAUAUGUUAAGAGCGCAGCAUCAGGUUGCUAUGCAGCAGAUGGUCAGGCCUCCACCUCCAGAUUAUAAAACUAGUGCCGGAAUGAUGCAAGGAGUACCUCCAAGGUAUGGAGCGGCGCCGCCGAAUAUGAGGAGGAUGCCCCAUCAACCCAUGCCACCAUCAGGUCCAAUGAUCCGAUCAAACAUGUACAUGCUCCAGCAGCAGCAGCAGCAGCAACAACAGCAGCAGCAACAGCAACACAUGGCAGCUUCCCGAAAUAUGUAUCCAAGGCAACAAGCACCUCCAAUGGGAGGAAGCAUGGACUCCAUACAACAUGGUUCGACUGAGUGGCGCCAUAUGAUGAUGAGCCAACAACAAAAUAGCAACUUUAAUAAUAUAAGGCCCAAUUUCCAACAAGGUUUUAAUAUGAACUCUGGUAGCAUGCAAAUGAACAGUAUGCAACAGCAUCAGCAGAUGAGAUCUCAGGGCAUGGUGUCUAGCAAUAUGGUAAACAAUCCUAACAGCAUGGGACAAGGUCAAAUGAUGACCCAUGGUAAUGGUCCUAUGUCCCAGAUGAACAACAUGAAUCAGGCAAUGCUGCAUAUGCAGCAACAGCAACAGAGUAUGAUCCAGCAACAAAACAAUCAGAUGUCUAUGAGUGGCAUACAUAUGCAACAAUCCCAGUCAAUUACGGUGUCAAACCAAGCGAUGCAGCAGCAGCAACAACAGCAGCAGCAACAACACCAGCAGCAACAGUCCAACCUGGCCAAUCAGCUUGCGAGUUCGAACGGCAAUUCUCAAGGUAACCCCUUAGGCAACUUUAACCCGCAGGCCGAUUUUAAUUUCGAAUUUCUGGACAACCUUCCCUCAACUGACUCGAAUUUUACGGACCAGGAGUUGCUAAACUCCUUUGACACUGAUUCAGGCUUUAAUUUUGAUAUUUAGGAAAUUUUUAUCUAGUUUUAGACUAAGAGCAACCAUCAGUUUGGUGUUGUUUAAAAAAUAAUGAUUUUGUUUUUGUGACAAAAUUUUACCAAAAAAUCUUGUUUUUAUCACUGUAUAUUUUAUUUGGUGUGACUGGGAAAAGCAACAAUGUUUUUCUGUUAACCGAAACUGUGCUGGCUCUUAGUCUUCUUGUUUAUAGUUUUAUAUAUUUUGUAUAUAUUUAUAUAUAACUGUGGUUUAUGUUGGAUUUAUUUAUGGUUGAUUUGCAUAGCAACUUUCUACUAAUUUUUUCACUGCUCUCUCUAUUUUGAAUCAUCACAAUUCUUACAAUGACAAUGGGGAUGUGUACCGAGUAAAAAUUUUAAUCUAAAAAGCGUGUUUUUAUUAAAUAUAUUGUAACGUCAUUAAAUUUGACUGUGACAAACAAAUAAAGCUCUUGGACCUUGUCAUGAUACUAGUGCAUUUUGAUUUUUUGAAUAAUAGUGAAAUUAAUAAUAAACAAACGCACAAAAACGACAUUUUUUCAGCUACAACAAUUUAAUAAUCUCUUCAUAAUUAUUUAUAAUAAAAUUGGUCUACAUCCCCAUUACAUUUUACUUUGCCAUUUUUAACUGUAAAAAAUGUACCUGAAAAUUUUAAUUUGUUUUAGCUCUCUUUUGACAAAUGUAAAUAUUUAAGAUCUUAAAUCUUAGAUCUUAAUAUUAUAAUUUUGUAUAUUUUAAAUUACUUUUUUACCAAUGUUUAAUAAUUUAAUACUAUUAUUAUUAUUAAAUUAAUUAUUUUUACUUUAUUACCCAAAUAGUAGUAAACAAUAUCACAAACAUAUCAUCCAAUACAUUUUUAAAACAUACUUACAAUCCUAUUUAAAAAAUAUAGUUAAUAACAUUCCAAUUCAAAUAAAUGAAGCCUUCCCUCAAAUAUUAUGGGUCUAUGUUACAUUUAGGAAUUUUGGAAAAAUAAAUUAGUGACACCUUAAAUAACUAUUUCAUUAUAUGUUUAUUCAUGAAAAUCUCAUCAUUUGCAAAAUGUAACAUAUACCUAGACCUAAACUUAAAAAAUAGUUUAUUGUUGUUUUUUUCGUUUUUUCAAAACCGCCACAAUAAUUCACAACAAAGUAAAUUCUGUCAAUAAUUAACAUUGAUGGCUACUCUUAUCCUGUUGUACACAUGUGUAAAAAUUAAUUCAGUCCAAUUUUGAACUCUAAACAAUAGUGUUAAGAAUUAGUUUGCUUGAAUACAACUCACAUUAUUGGUUCAAAGUUUGAUUGAUGAAAUUGAUGUUUUUUAGCUGUUAACUUUAGAGAAAAAAGUAAAUACAUUUCUUGUAGGAAAUUUAGUCUUCUGCAAAAAAGUCUAAAAUAUAAUCCAAUAUUUUAGGUAUGAAUUUGAAGUCAUCAAAAUUUAAAAUUUCGACCAAACUUAUUUUGGUUUAGUCUUUAAAUAUUCAACAAAUUAUGUUUGACUCCUAAAAAAUAAAAUGACUGGAAAACAUUAUUAAUAUAAAUAUUAUUUAAUUAUAAAACCAUUAAUAAUUAACAGUUUUAAUUUUGAUGAUUUGAAUUUCGCAUAUAUGUAUGUUCGACUUAUGACGUGUUUUGUGAAAACUAAAUUUUCUACAAAAAAUGUAUUAACUAAAUUAAAUUUGUUUUUUUGCGAAAAAGGGGCCAAAACGCCAAAACUAUGUUUUUUACAUUAUAUCUCUACAUAUACCAUAAUUCAAGGAAAGGCUUCAAAUAUUGAAUUACUUUAAAACGAGGGUUUUCCUGAUAAAAUGAAACACCAAAAAAGUUUGUGAUUGAUAAAAAACGUUAAUUUGUUUUUUGUUAUCCAAAAUUACAAAAAAUGUUGUAGGUAUGAUGAAUCAAAAUAAUUAAGUAAUCUCAGUUAUAUCAAAAUUUUACAAAAUCAUUUGUUUUGAAUCUCAAUUUGUAUAAAUAAACAAUUAUUUUUAGUUCAGGCGUUUUUGAUUUGUCUAAAAAGUGAUAUUUUUAUAGUAUUUAUCUUAUUUACCUAAUUAUUAGGAAUAAGUACUUCAUGUGAUGCUUAUUUAUAUAUUUUUGAAGAUAAUUUUUUGGGCAUAAUUUUAACAUUUAGUAGUAAGUAAUUGACCAACAAUUGUUAGUAUAAUAAAAAACACAUCUCCAUUAAUAAUAUAUAAAUAUAUUAAUAACCUAAUAUUUAAGUAGUAGGUGAUCAAAACUUACCAGUGCUAACUUGAGGAUUCAAAAAUGUCUGAACAGCAAAUAUUUUAAAAGCAGCAAUUUUAAAAAUACAGAUUGUUUUUGUGAUUGAUUUUUAAUGUAAAUUUUUAGAAUGUUAAUUAAAAAUUGUAAAUGCCCAGUUUAUAAAAUAAUAAUAAGUGUCAGUAAUAGUUAUUAGUUAUAAUAGCAUGUAUACAAUAAAGGCAUUAAUUAUUAUUGGAAAUCAAAGUUAUUUAAAAUAUAUUAUGCUAGUGGUAGUCAAUCUUUAGCAAAUUUUUAAAAAGUAAGCAGAAAUUGGUUAAAAUUUGAUAGAAAAUGUGGAAUGUUAAAUCAGCUUAAACACUGUACAAUUUAAGUCGUGUUUGAGGCGGAUCUCAGUAGAUAUAAUGUCAAAAAACUCUAGUAGCUAAUUUUAUGAGUAAACCAUCUUUUUGUAAGCUAGUGUACAUUUUUUAAGCUGACUAAAAUCUUGAAAAAAAUGUGUUCUAGUUUAUGUAAUAAUAAUUCCUCCAUUUGUACAUUCCAUGAUUUUUUGUUGGUAUUGUAAUAAAAUACAUUUUCCAUUUUUAAACAGUAUUGAUGACAAAAACAUCACUGUUUCAGUAUUCAUUUUGUGUAUGUUUCUAGUUAUGUAACAGACCACAGUUUAAUUUCCUUUAUUAUAUAAUUUUAUUUAUGUGUACUUAGACAAAUAAAUUGUUAAAUAUUCUAAUUUUUACAAACAUACAAGAGUUUAUAUUUAAAGUAUAUAUUCCAUGUUUUGUAGAUUUAUCAUAAAAUCAGGUGAUUACAUAAUAAAUAUAUAUAAUAUGUAAAA